UGGGCACCUGCCCUUUCCCACUCCCUGAGCCCCCGCACUCGCCGGUCGUCCACGCUCAUUGGCUGCCCCUCUGGGAGCCCUUGGCACACGCCAGCUGCGUCCGCGCCGGCUGCCGCACACCUGCCGAAGUCUUCUGCAUCUCCCAGCUGAGAGACCGAGGCUCGCUCUGUCCCGGAAGGCGCCCCGCACCUGUGUUCGUGCCCCAUCUCCUGGGCCGGGGCGGAACCCUCCUCCCCUGCCCAGUCCAAGGCGCGUGACUACGACAGGUGCAGGGGCUUUUCUCCUGCCUCCCAAACACCUGCUUCCCCACCCCACGUUUUCCUCUGCGGGUUUGUGAUGGGGGUAGAGAUUAUGUAGGGUUUGUGUGCAGCCACCCCACGCCCCAAGUUGAAAGCCCAAGUCCACUCUGAAGAUGUAGCUCUGUCCUAACUUGGUAAUUCCCUUCUCUUGAUAAAGCCUUUGGAAGUAUGAUGCAGCAGCGCAGUUGCACUGAGUCAGCUGCUCUGAGUCCUCAGAGCAGCCCCUCUGAAGGACCUUCCCUCGCCCUCAAAAGUUCUCCCAGUAGAACCUGCCCACACUUUUCCCCUUGAAAAGGGGAGAGUGUAGUACAAGGCUAAACCACCGAAAUUCAGCUGGGUUUUGAGAGGCCCCUGGGAACUAGUUACUGCGCCCAAAACCUGGUCAGUGGAGAUUCCACUUACAUAGGCAAGGGCUUGGGAGGAACUUCAGAUCUCAUUAGUCAUAUGACAGCUGCCUGAUCAACCCUCAGGCCAGGGUCCAGUUAUAACUGAAUGGACCUCAGAGGUGUCUUGAAGACAUUUCCCAAGCGGAAGAAAAUAGAUGCCAAUUCAUCUCCGAAAGCAUCUGCAAAGAUUCCCAAAAGAGAAGGAGCAGCAGCAGGAGGGUGGCUGAGUUCCCUGCAGGCCUAUGUUGUGCCCACUGGCAUAGGGCGAGCCCGGGCAGAACUCUUUGAGAAACAGAUUGUCCAGCACGGUGGCCAGUUAUGCUCUGCUGAGGCCCCAGGAAUUACUCACAUUGUGGUGGAUGAAGGCAUGGACUAUGAGCGAGCCCUCCGCCUCCUUAGACUGCCCCGGCUGCCCCCAGGGGCUCAGCUGGUCAAGUCAGCCUGGCUGAGCUUGUGCCUACAGGAGAGAAGGCUGGUGGACACAGCGGGAUUCAGCAUCUUCAUCCCAGACAGGUAUUUGGACCAGCCACAGCUCAGCAAAGGAGACCAAGUCUCUUCUCCUGGAGCCCCUGAGGCUUUGCUAACAACAGCCUGCUCUUCCCCCACUCUUCCCACCAGACCUGUAUCUCCUCCCCAGAGGGCAGAAGAGACUUCAAGCACCCUACCCCAGCCUGGCCUUGAUGAUGAAACCAGUGAUGGGGAGGAGGCCCAGGUUAACGCAGCUGAUCUGGAAGCCCUGAUCAGCGGCCACUACCCCACUCCACCUGAGGGAGACGGUGAGCCUAGCUCAGCUCCUGAGGGCCUGAAUAAGUGGGUCUGUGCACAGCCUUCCAGUCAGAAAGCCACCAACCACAACUCCCAUAUUACGGAGAAGCUGGAGGUGCUGGCCAAAGCCUACAGUGUGCAGGGAGACAAGUGGAGGGCCCUGAGCUACGCCAAGGCCAUCAAUGCCCUCAAGAGCUUCCACAAGGCAGUCACCUCCUACCAGGAAGCCUGCCACAUCCCUGGAAUUGGGAAGCGGAUGGCUGAGAAAAUUGAAGAGAUCCUGGAGAGUGGACAUCUGCGGAAGCUAGACCACAUCAGCGAGAGCGUGCCUGUCCUGGAGCUCUUCUCCAACAUCUGGGGGGCUGGAACCAAGACUGCCCAGAUGUGGUACCAUCAGGGCUUCCGGACCUUAGAAGACAUCCGCAACCAGGCUUCCCUGACUACCCAACAGGCCGUUGGCCUGAAGCAUUACAGUGAUUUCCUGGAACGCAUGCCAAGGGAGGAGGCUACGGAGAUCCAGCAGACAGUCUGGAAGGCAGCUCAGGCCUUCAACCCUGGGCUGCUGUGUGUGGCAUGUGGUUCAUACCGACGGGGGAAGGCCACCUGUGGUGAUGUGGAUGUGCUAAUCACUCACCCUGAUGGCCGGUCUCACCAGGGCAUCUUCAGUCCACUCCUUGACCACCUUCGGCAGCAAGGGUUCCUAACAGACGACUUGGUGAGCCAGGAGGAGAACGGCCAGCAGCAGAAGUACUUGGGCGUAUGCCGGCUUCCAGGACCAGGGCGGCGCCACCGGCGGCUGGACAUCAUCGUUGUGCCCUACAGCGAGUUUGCCUGUGCCCUGCUCUACUUCACCGGCUCUGCCCACUUCAAUCGCUCCAUGAGGGCUCUGGCCAAGACCAAGGGCAUGAGCUUGUCUGAGCACGCCCUCAGCACAGCUGUGGUUCGGGACACCCAAGGCCUUAAGGUGGGGCCUGGCCGUGUGCUGCCCACGCCCACUGAGAAGGAUGUCUUCAGCCUCUUAGGCCUACCCUACCGAGAGCCAGCUGAGAGGGACUGGUGACCCAUGUCUCCGGGCAGUGGGUGGCAGCUGGGCUGCUGCCCUCUCUGGCUGUCAGUGCUGCCUCCAGUCUCAGCCCACCAAGUUUCACUGUUGGACCACCACUCCCUGUGCCUGAGGAAAAGGGUCUGUCUGGCUCCACGGUCUGCCCAGCUCUCUCCUCUCCAGAAAGGCUAUUGUCCCUUCUACCUCUCCCCUGCCUGGUGGAGUUGUGCGCCACACACAGCCCCUUGCCUUGCUUCAGCUGGUUUGAAACCACCUUUCUGUGUUCAGUGCCCAGUCAUCCCCUUCCCCACCCCAGGAGUCUUCCUAAGCAGUUGGGAUGGGGCUGAGGGGAGACCAUGGCCCUUUGGAGCAGAACAGGCCCUUCCCUGCGUACGUCACCCACCCUGCUUCCUGUGCUACUGGAGGUGUAGGGGAGGGGGUGCCCCGGCUGGGUGAGGGCUGCAUUUGAGGGCCCAGGAACCCAAUAAAGUGCAUUUGAC